AUGCGUGCUGCACAGAUUCUUAAGGCCAAGAGCAAGGCCAGGGAUCGGGCCAGCGCCCUUAAGCUCAGUGUCAAAACUGAUCUUCACAUGGAGGAUCCUGCAUCGACAAUCCCGACCGGGAUGGGCUUCACUCAGGUAGCCUCCGCUCCACCCCGGAAAGUCCAAUUUGACACAACGAACGAAGUGCCGUCCGUGCCGAAAGCGAGCGAAGCCAUGAUGAACUCUGAUUGGCGAAACAAUCGCCGUAACGGAAGCGGUGCUCAUUUCGCGGUCCCAGCUACCGCAUCCGUGGAGACGACCGAAUUCCAAAAGGCCGGUGGCAAGAAACCCAAGAAGCUCACUAUUGACACGGCUCUUGCUAAUGAGGUGACUGUUCGCCGGUACCGAGAUACUCCUAUUGACCCAGAUUUCAUCCAUUCUGCUCCCAUAACCAAGAAAGAUUAUGAGACGGCAGACAACGACACCAGGCCUGAUAGCUCCGAGGAUGUCCAAUAUUCUAGCAACGAUACAACUCUCUCUGUUGUUUCACCUACUACCAACAUGUCCACGAUUCGACUUGAGUCCCUAACUCCCAUCACUAGCGAAGGUUUCCGACAGUUUAACAUCAUGUGUAACUAUGGUCUAGAUGAAGAGUCAAAAUUUAGAAGCAGUGAUGAUGCCUAUGGCGACAAGCAUGGUCAAAAUGACAUGACAGUGAGAGCAAUCCCUAUCGUUUCCCCGCACAACAAGAAGAUAGAAGACCCUAUCUUCCCAAUAGCCGCAGUGAAGGCCAUCAAGCAUUCCAAGAGAUUCGCCCAUGCUGGAUGGGACAGCAUCGAUCAGGAGUUCGAGAAGAAUUGGGCUAUGCUUCAAGGCCCACGUACGGCUGGCCUUCCAGUCGAGAAGCUUAGAGAAGAGUACGAGUCUACUUGCUCCUCCGAGGCUGAGGUUGCAAAGAACCAAGCACGUUUCGAUGCUCUCAUCAGCAAACUCCAAAAGUCAUCCGCCAAUCGUAUCAACGCGCAGUCAGUCAUUGAUAUUAAGCCCUCUAAUUCUCCCAAGAGGCUAGAAGAGAAUGUACCUCUGAGUAAAUCAGUCUCACACGACUCUGGAAUCAGCGGCGUUAGUACAAAGACAUUGCAGAGCCAGGGUACUACAUUGAACCCAAAAGCUUCCGAGUUCCAAAUUUCGUCUAGUCCCGGUAUUAAUUGCCAGCCAGAUCUUCGCAAGUAUCCGCUAGACCAUAGCCACAAUGUACCUUUCGAACAGAAUGGCUAUAAAGUCACAUCAUCAACGGAUAGCGGCUCAAGUAGAACUCGCUCUGCGACUGCCGAGGACAUAGAAAAGAUUUAUGCAUUCAUGGACGAUUUGAAAGCACAAAUGACACGGAUUGAGGCAGGGGCUCAGCAGCGCCUGACAAUGAUGGAGACAAGUCCUAUGGCUCAACUAAGUCAUAUUCAGAACAUAGCCAGCCAACUUGGCUUGAGUCCUGUCCUUCAAGGGCCAUCUCGAGAUACUCAAAGCAUUCAUAGCUUUGGAUCCGGGCCUGGUCCAUGGUCAGGAGUUCAGACAAUACCAAAUUCUCAAUCCCAUCACAACGGUAAUGGCGCAUUCAUACCCCCCUCGCAUGUGCAUGACACACAGGCGCCUUCAUUACAGAUGGGACCGCCUCCAAUGUCGUACGGCCCAGGCCUCAGUUCACCACCAACUAUGGGAUGCCAAGGCUUCACGGGUCCCGUAAAUCCUAGCCCUCUACCCCUUCACGCUCAGGCCCAGAUCGUGUAUGGUCCUCGACCCGUGAGAAAGCCUAGAGGACCCCAACGCCCCGGUGAUCCAAUCUUCACUCAGCAGCAGCUAAGUUAUGAAGAAUACUUGGAGAACAAACGGGCCUCAGACCGUGCCUAUGCUAUGCAAUGCCGCGAUCGCCAGGCGAGACGUUUCCACCGACAGAGAGCUCAGCCCUCAGCCGGCUCCCAAAUGACAGCGCCCCCCAAUGCAGCGAUGGUCCCUCAAGUGAUGCCAAUCCCUCAAGCAACUACAACUGGUGCGGCUCAGGGAUGUUAA